CCACUGCGCGCUGCCAUUUGAACGAAGAAUAGAGCGGAGUCGUUAUCAUUUCUACUGUUCAAAGAUCUAACGUUAACUAAAAAUGAGGGAAAUUGUGCAUCUUCAAGCAGGACAGUGCGGUAACCAGAUUGGCGCGAAGUUCUGGGAAGUUAUAAGUGAUGAGCAUGGCAUUGACCCUACUGGAACUUAUCAUGGUGACAGUGACCUCCAGCUGGAGAGAAUCAACGUCUAUUACAAUGAAGCCUCAGGUGGCAAAUAUGUUCCCCGUGCCGUCCUGGUGGACCUUGAGCCAGGUACCAUGGACUCCGUGAGGUCUGGGCCCUUUGGGCAGGUCUUCAGACCGGACAACUUUGUCUUUGGUCAGAGUGGUGCUGGGAACAACUGGGCCAAGGGCCACUACACUGAGGGAGCUGAGCUGGUGGACUCAGUCCUGGAUGUGGUGAGGAAGGAGGCAGAGAGCUGUGACUGCCUGCAGGGCUUCCAGCUCACCCACUCCCUGGGUGGGGGCACAGGCUCCGGAAUGGGCACCCUGCUCAUCAGCAAGAUCCGUGAAGAGUACCCUGACCGCAUCAUGAACACCUUCAGCGUGGUGCCCUCGCCCAAGGUCUCCGACACAGUCGUCGAGCCCUACAAUGCCACUCUCUCUGUCCACCAGCUGGUGGAGAACACAGAUGAGACCUACUGCAUUGACAAUGAGGCUCUCUACGACAUCUGCUUCCGCACCCUCAAGCUGACCACGCCCUCCUACGGGGAUCUAAACCACCUGGUGUCCGCUACAAUGAGCGGAGUGACCACCUGCCUGCGCUUCCCUGGCCAGCUCAAUGCUGACCUGCGUAAGCUGGCAGUCAACAUGGUGCCCUUCCCCCGCCUGCACUUCUUCAUGCCUGGCUUUGCCCCACUCACCAGCAGGGGAAGCCAGCAGUACCGUUCCCUCACUGUGCCUGAGCUUACCCAGCAGAUGUUCGACGCCAAGAACAUGAUGGCUGCCUGCGACCCGCGUCACGGCCGCUACCUCACAGUGGCUGCCAUCUUCCGUGGGCGCAUGUCGAUGAAGGAGGUGGACGAGCAGAUGCUGAACGUGCAGAACAAGAACAGCAGCUACUUCGUCGAGUGGAUCCCGAACAAUGUGAAGACGGCAGUGUGCGACAUCCCACCGCGUGGCCUCAAGAUGGCCGCCACCUUCAUCGGCAACAGCACGGCCAUCCAGGAGCUGUUCAAGCGCAUCUCGGAGCAGUUCACUGCCAUGUUCCGUCGCAAGGCCUUCUUGCACUGGUACACAGGCGAGGGCAUGGAUGAGAUGGAGUUCACUGAGGCUGAGAGCAACAUGAACGACCUGGUGUCCGAGUACCAGCAGUACCAGGAUGCCACGGCCGAGGAGGAGGGCGAAUUUGAGGAGGAAGUGGAGGAGGAGGGGGCCUGAGGCAUGUAAAUUAUUCCAAGCUGUAUAAUUUCUGAUGUGUCAUUGUGUUCAGAUUCUAUAUCACUAUUUUGUUUGUCACUUGUGUUCUUUCUGUACAAAUAAAACACCUUUUUCAUAAGCUUA